UCGGACGACUUGUCCGUCAAGCCCAGAAAGGCAGGACCGGGCAGGUGGCUUCCCUCCUCAGUUCACCUGCCCGCGGGACUACCUGGCGCAGCUCGGCGGCGGGCUCUUGGACUUGGACGCGCCAUGGGGAGGCUGCUGGGACCCGGGCGGCUCUUCGUGGGCCUCUUGCUGGCCUGUGUUGCAGAAAAGACCAGCGCUCAGAAUGUAUUAUGUGGGGUGCCUGCCCUUGGGCGGAUCUUGGGUGGUACAGAUGCUCAGAGAGGACAGUGGCCCUGGCAGGUCGGCCUCAGUAUCCACAGUAAACAUCAUGUCUGUGGCGGUACCCUCAUCACCCCCGAGUGGGUGAUCACGGCAGCCCACUGCUUUCCCAGCGUGAACAAGAUUGAAAUUUACGACGUGACCCUGGGGGCCUUCCAGCUCAAAAACCCCGCGGGGGACAUGGUAGUGAGGCAGGUGGAGAGAGUCAUCAAGCAUCCUGACUAUACCGAGGAUGACGGGUCUAAAGGGGACAUCGCCCUGGUGAAGCUCAAGCAGCCCGUCACGUACAGCCGCACCAUCCGGCCCAUCUGUCUCCCCGCCUCUUCCGUCAACUUCCCCGCCGGCAUGAAGUGCACCAUCACUGGCUGGGGCAACGUGCUCACAUUGACCAGCCUCCCUCCACCCAUGACCCUGCAGCAGCUAGAGGUGCCCAUUAUCGGGACUGACACCUGCCGCUGCCUAUACGGCUUGAACCCCGAUCCCGAGGACCCCCAAAUCAUCCACAACGACAUGCUGUGCGCUGGCCACGCCGAAGGCAAGAAGGACGCCUGUCAGGGUGACUCUGGAGGACCCCUGUCCUGCCGCGUAGGCAAUUCCUGGUUGCUGGCCGGGGUUGUAAGCUGGGGAGAUGCAUGUGGGGCCCCCAACAGGCCUGGGGUCUAUAUCCGCACCUCGAUCUACACUGACUGGAUUAAGGAGAACAUUCCACAGAUGGAGUUCAGCCAAGCGACUGUUGAUAUGAAGCCCGUGUCCGAGGAGGGCCUGUGCUCCAAUGCUACUGCUGGCCAGCCGGGCCGUUACGACGAGAUGCAGCCUCCGGCGGGCUGGCCCCGUCCCAUCACCCCUAAACCACCUUCCGGGAACAGCGCCACCUCCUGGGCCUGCACUGCGUCCCUGCCCCUUCUGUCUCUCCUCCUCCUGAGCCUCUGUUACCUCCUGUAAAUUGCACUUCAGAUCGGGUCAGUAAGCCCACCUGCCAAAGGAUUGUAUAGGGAAGAGGGUUGCUUCUUGACUACCACUUCCACGCCCACACGCCAGUAGGAUGGUCACAUUAUUUCAGUCAGUCACAUCUCAGAACUUUGCUUUGCCUUCUGAAAGCAGGUGAUGGUGUCGGAUAGACUCUGAUCUUAUUUUACAAGGUGGCGGCCUGGUGCGUAAGCAUAAGCCCCGUCCAGGAUGUGAGUUUCGGUCCGAUGUCUGCCUUGGGCCAGUGCCAUUAAGCAUGGUCCGCUUGAUUGACAUCACCCUUUGGUUGCUUCUAGCCAGUUAAUUCGUAACAGCCCACUGCUUUAAAAAGGUUGUGUUGUGGCUUGAGGCAACAGCGUUAGGCCCAAAGCGGCGGCCACCCUGCAGCCUCACAGGGAAGGACAGACUCCCUUCAAACUAGGAAACUCAGUCCCGCCUCCUCCUCGUGCCAAUUCCCAGUUCUCAUCCCUUCCCUUGUGUCUGAAUUUACUGCUUGGUAUCCCAUGCCAGUCUCCUGCCACUCUUUCUCACAUAAAUCCUUCAACCUUGAGACUUUGAUUAUUUCCACCCGUUCCCUUCGUGUUUUCCACCAGCCUUCUCCUGGCCUGCGAGGUCAGACCCUCUCCUGUUGCUGCUGGCCCUGGCUCUUUGUGGAAAUUAUUUCAUCUACCUCCGGAACCUUCCCAGGGGCUCUUGCUGCUUCCUUUCAGUUCAGCCUAACACUGUCCAUGUUGCUUCUACUAUCCCAUCGUGGUUUAGCUGACCUCACUCCAGGGGAUGAGCUGGGCCUUCCUCACCGCUCUCUCUCUGUUCUUCAGUUCCAUUCUCACCCUACCUCAACCCUACUGUUGAUCUCAAUCCUCCCCUCCCUGUGCCCCCUUUUCUAGGGCGACUCCGGGGGACCCUUGUCUUGUCGUGUAAACAAUACUUGGCUGCUGGCUGGGGUAGUGAGCUGGGGGGAUUCGUGUGGGCAGCCCAACCGUCCUGGUGUCUACGCUCAAGUUUCCUCCUAUGUGGACUGG